AUGAUCAUCGCUGACUGCUACAAUGAUCGUAUCAUCCAGUGGAAGAGGGAUGAUACGAAUGGACAAGUGAUAGCUGGUGGCCAUGGCGAAGGAAAACGAUUGAUUCAAUUGAAUGGUCCAACAAAUGUGUUGAUUGACAAAGAGACGGAUAGUCUCACUAUCUGUGAUCUAGGGAAUCGACGAGUAGUACGACUGUUUCGUCGUAGUGGUACAACUCAAGGAGAAAUCCUCAUCGACAACAUCAAUUGUCGAGGAUUGGCUAUGGAUGAUCAGAGAUAUCUCUACAUCUCCGACACCGAAAAACAUGAAGUAAGACGAUAUCAAAUAGGAGACAAGAAUGGAACUAUUGUGGCUGGUGGCAAUGGCGAAGGUGAUGGUCUCAAUCAACUCAACUAUCCGACCUACAUCUUUGUCGAUCAACAACAGACCGUCUACGUGUCAGACCGUAACAAUCAUCGUAUAAUGAAAUGGAAUAAAAGUGCAAAAGAAGGAAUUGUUGUCGCUGGGGGUCAAGGCUUUGGGAAUGGUCUGACACAAUUGUCGCAUCCUCAAGGUCUGUUCGUCGAUACGUUGGGUACUAUCUAUGUGGCAGACUCAUGGAAUGAUCGAGUGAUGCGUUGGCCUAAAGGAGCGAAACAGAGCACUGUCGUUGUGGGUGGAAAUGGUGAAGGAGCAGGAGCAAAUCAAUUCAACGGUCUCACGGAUUUGUCCUUCGAUCGUCAGGGCAAUCUCUACGUUGCCGAUCAUUUUAAUCAUCGUGUUCAACGUUUCUCUAUCGAAUAG